CUUACUAUUACCCCAAAUCCAAUGGACUAGUCGAUCAGCCACCAUCAACUUCCGGCAGAUGAUGAUUGGCGAUGCUUUCCACGGAACUUCCACCCCAGUCAGCCUUCCCCAUGGGAAACGGCUAAACUUUGGGGUUCGGUUCUUGCUGAAGAUCCGUCAGACGGUGGGAUACCCCUGGUGCUGUGCUUCAGCAUAUCAUGGGCAUUGAUUUCGCACACAAUACUAUGCAUCUUCGAGAUUGUAGCAUCUAUAUAAGCGUGCACUAGGAAACUUACAAGCCAUCCGCAAGUCAUUCCUGUCCUCCGUUUCUCAUUGCUAGUUGUUUUUCUACUCAUCUUAUUCCAAAGUACAAAGAAAAUGGACACCCAAGUCCCCGCUGCCCUGAACAAUACCCAUCCGCAAUGGUGGAAAGACCCGGGCCUUCGCAAAUUGAACUUGCUACUCGCCGGUUGUAUGCUGGGGAGCGUUGGGUUCGGCUACGAUGCAUCGUUAAUCAAUGGGCUCCUCUCCAACAGUCGAUGGUUUUCGGAGUUGGGCUUGAAAGGGUCUACCAUGGAAGGCAUUAUGACUGCAGCUCAGUCAUUUGGCGCCAUCGCCGCUCUCAUGCCAGCCGCCUACCUCUCCGAUCUCAUCGGCCGACGGCAAACUAUCCUCAUAUCCAAUAUUGCCAUCAUAGCAGCUGCCAUCGGGCAAUCGUUCUCUCACACUGUCUCCGCAUUCCUGGGGACUCGUUUGGUGAUUGGGUUCUUCGAGAUCUGUGUCCUCGUCUCAACCAAUGCUCUGGUGUCUGAACUCAGCCAUCCUCGUCAGCGAGCCCAGGUUACCGCACUCGGCAACACAUUCUUCUAUAUUGGAGGCAUAACCGCCGCCUGGACCAGCUUUGGGUCUUACUUCAUAACUUCAUCGUGGACCUGGCGGCUUCCGGUUCUAAUGCAAUGCUGCUGGCCUGUGGGUCAAAACAUAGUUGUUGCUUUCAUGCCCGAAUCCCCACGCUGGUACCUUACUCAAGGCUGCCAUGCGAAGGCAAAGGAGAUAUUUAUCAAGUAUCAUGCAAACGGGGUGCUCAAUGACGAAUUAGCGGAGAUCGAAUACCGCAAAGCCGAGAUCUCAGUGGAAGCUGAAGAGCAAGGGGCAUCCUACAAUUGGCUGGCACUCUUUUCGAAUAUCGGCAACAUCAAGCGCUCGAUAUUGACGAUUUUCCUGGGGCUCAGUUCUCAGUGGGUGGGGAAUGGAAUCGUCAGUUACUACCUCUCCCCAAUCCUGGAAGCCGUCGGCGUCGGGAGUGCCAGCCAGCAGUUGGCAAUCAAUGGCGGUUUGCAGAUAUUCAACUGGGUCAUGGCUAUCCCAGGAGCUUUACUGGCAGAACGACUGGGCCGGGUACGACUUCUGCUGAUAUCUGCAUGUGGAAUGCUGAUCUUCAUGGUUCUCGUAACCGCCUCUUCCGCCGUGUAUGAGGCCGAUGGCAAUAAGCGUGCUGGUCAGGCAGUGAUUGCCUUCCUCUUCUGCUUCUUUGGCUCCUAUGAUCUGGGCUACACCCCGAUUCCACCCCUCUAUGUGACAGAAAUUGCCUCCACUCACCUGCGCGCCAAAUACAUCAGCUUAUACUGGAUGAGUACGGCAGUCGCCCUAUGCUUCAACCAGUUUGUCAACCCCAUUGCGUUUGAUGCCAUUCACUGGCAUUACUAUAUUGUCUAUAUUGGUGUGUUGUGUCCGGUGAUUGUAGUACUCGUGUUUCAUGCACCAGAGACCAAAGGCCGGACCCUAGAGGAAGUGGCUUGGAUCUUCGACCGGGGAAUCGCGGACUCCCGGGUUCGUGGCAACGGAGAUGCUGGUGCUGAUGCCGAUCCUAAGCCGGAGGUGGUGGUGGAACAGAGGGAAUAUGCGUGAAUGUCAAACUUUCUGUUCUUAUCGUGGUCACUCGGUGUACGACGACAUACUUGAAUUAGGCCUGUCUGGUAAAUGUUAUGGGUCCGUGAAGACAUUAUGAC